UCUGCUCGCGAUGCAUCCUAUUCCCAAGGAAAAAUUCCUGUAGGAAGGACGAAAAGAUUAUCAAAAAGAGAAUAGUGACUUCUAUCCAGAAAAUAUCGAGUAAAAGGGCAUAUAGAAUAAUCCAAAAUUAUCAAGGUAGCCCACCAUGCACUCCUGAGUCAUCCAUCCCGUUUCCUGCUUUCCCCCUGGAUCAUCAUCGGCUCUGUGAUGAACCACACCCCCAGCCCUCACAUGGCCGAGGCCGCUAAGUCCGGGGCGGGCCUGCUCUGUGGCCUGGGUCUGGGGCCGGACAGGGUCCGCUCUCCCGACAGCCUGACCCACACUCCCAGCCCCAACGGUGGCACCCCGAGCUCCAGCCCUCCUCUGCUGCUUUCCCCAGGCCUGGGUGAGUCCGGGGACUGGGAGAGCCGCGAGGAGUUACGUCUCAGGGAGCUGGAGGAGGCGCGGGCACGAGCCGCCCAGAUGGAGAAGACUAUGCGCUGGUGGUCCGACUGCACUGCCAAUUGGAGGGAGAAGUGGAGCAAAGUGCGUGCCGAAAGGAACCGUGCGCGGGAUGAGGUACGUCAGCUCCGCCAGCGGCUAGAUGCCCUCACCAAGGAGCUGACGGGCGCGCGGCGGGAACGCCAGGAGCUGGCUUCCGAGAACGAGACGCUCCGUCAGGAAACAAUGCGCCUCCGUGCCGACCAAGCCUCACCUUCCCACCCCCUUACCUCAGCGCCACCCUCUUCUUCGUCCUCCACCCCGACUUCCUCCAACUCUCAGCCUCCUGUGGACAGCAAGCAGGACAGGGUGGGCGAGGGCCCCGGGUCACCGGAACAGGAGCCAGUGAGAGACGUGGACACUGAGAAACCCGACAGACAAAAGGAGUUGGAGCUGUUGGAGUCAGUUCUGAGGUCCAAGGCAGAGGGUCCAGACUCGUGGGACUCCCGCAGUGCCAGCAGCCUGCGGUCUCCCCUGAGUCGCCAGGACCGCAGCCGGCUCCUCUGGGAUGACAUCGCCGCCACAGAGGAGGACCCCGGCAAGAUCAACGCCCUCCAGCUGCGUCUCGAUGAGUCACAGAAGGUCCUGCUGAAAGAGCGCGAGGAUAAGCACGCUCUUAGUAAAACCAUUGAAAAACUGGAGACGGAGCUGAACCAAUGGAAGCUCAAAUACGAGGAGCUGAACAAGACUAAGCAGGAAGCCAUAAAACAGCUGAACAUGCUGAAGGAGGUCCACCAGGAUGAGUUGGGCCGUAUGUCGGAGGACCUGGAGGACGAGCUGGGAGCUCGUACCAGCAUGGACAAGAAACUGGCCGAGCUGCGGGCCGAGAUGGAGCGUCUGCAGGUGGAGAACGCCGCCGAGUGGGGCCGGAGGGAGCGCCUGGAGACGGAGAAGCUGGCCCUUGAGAGGGACAACAAGAAGCUGCGGGCACAGACGGAGGACCUGGAGGAGCAGCUGGCCCGUAAACGCCGGCAGGCGGCCAGUGCCCUGGACACGGACCUCAAGACCAUACAGACGGAGCUGUUUGAGCGGAACAAGGAACUGGCAGACAUGCGCCACAUCCACUCCAAGGUGAAGAAGCAGUACCAGGACAAGAUGGCGGAGUUGGCCCACGCCAACCGACGGGUGGAGCAGCAUGAGACGGAGGUGAAGAAGCUUCGGCUGAGGGUGGAGGAGCUGAAGAAGGAGCUGGGCCAGGCAGAGGACGAGUUGGACGAGGCCCAUAACCAGACCAGGAAGCUUCAAAGGUCUUUGGAUGAACAGGUGGAACAGUCCGAGAACCUUCAGGUCCAGCUGGAACACCUGCAGUCUCGACUGCGGCGGCAACAGAACCCGGGCUUGUUCGGAAAGAUGAGAUCAGCCCGGUUCAGUCCGGACAACCCAGACGGACCUCCUAGCGACCCGGAUGAAGAGGAGGAGGAGCUGCAGAUCCAGAUCCCAUGAACGAAAGAAGGACACAGAUAUUUAUCUGACGGACAGACAGACUGACAGGGAGGGCUCUUCAUUUCAAUCCUGAGUCCCGCAGAUGGACAGACGUACAGACGGAUGGAUAGACGGACAGACCUGGAGUCCACCUUGACCCGGCUCAUCUCAUUUAAGGACAAACCGUGGCCAAGGUGGCUGUGGACAUACGCGUUGUUGCCAGCUGUGGCCGCGAACCACAGAGCUACCAGCAGGGGUCGGGAGAGAGUCCAUCUUACAUUAGGACUGGCAGUGAUCUUCAGCACAAUAGAGGACAACCCACCCUGCACAACGCCUCAACUGUCACCGCCUGUCUGCAGCACCUUCAGUGGUGAAGACCCUUUAAGUCACACUCUCCGUACAGCUCAUGCCUCCCCUUUAACCCAUUCUUCUUCUUUGCAUCCUGUGUUUCUUCAACCAGCAAAGAAUGUUGUACAGUCUCCAUCCUAUAUUAUAAAAGCCCUCCAGAAAGGGGUGGUUCUGUGACUGGAAUGUUCCAACAGUGUUCUUCUACAAUGUUAUGUCAAGUAUCUGAGUUGUGUGGUUAGCUGUACAUCCAGUUUAGUAGAAGGGUUUAUAGCCCACAGGUCACUGCGUUGUGGAUAUGUGCCUGGGAUCAGAGAGUCAUCUUUACUUCACCAGCGUUGUGGGGCUCAGCCUCAGAAACAAUCCCUAUACCGGGGAAGGCAGUUCUAAUGGAUCUUUUUGUGCACCCACCAAAAUCCCUCGGAACGGAAUUCGAACACGCAUUGCAGUAUUUACACAGAAGCUCUUUUUUCCGUUGGUCAAAUGAACUGGCUAUGGUCAUUGUAUUAAAACAUACAACAACUACCUAGUCAACCCUCCCUCACUGAUAUGCUUUCACUUUUCAGAGUUAGACAUGUGCACGGGAUGGAUAACGUAAAUGAAGACACUGUGUAUAGGGAAAUGUGUCAGUUUGUACCAACUAAGAUGUGUGUGGCGAGACCCAAUGGAGUAAUUGGGGUUAACUGCCUUGCUUAAGGAGAAAACAACGUUUCACCUUAUCGGCUCAGGGAUUCGAUCUAGUAACUGGUCAGAUACUGUAACAGCUUGGCUACCUGCUAAACAUUACUAUGGCGGGUUUGAACGAAUCCCAGUAUCUAAGGCAUAAGGUGCUUUAAUAGAAUGGGGUUGUUUGACCGACAGUAUUGACCUUUACAUAGUGGCUGGUUCAUUCCAAAAGCAAUAAGACAUACUCUGUCACUUUGACUCAUCUGCUAUUAUGGGGACCAAGCUAUUUGUAAUAAUGAUGAUUUGCUAAUUAUUUAUGUUUUUUUUUAUAAUUGAUGUGUAAACCAGUGUUUUUUGUAUUUAGCUCUAUAAAUGUUACAUGUACAUAUAAACCAA